CAAAAUGAUUUAUCAAGAAAAUCAAAAAUAUAAAUUCUCCACUAAGAAUUACACUAAUCCCAAUUCUUCUUUUAAAAAAUACAUAAAAUAAGAGAUUAAGGUUGAAGAUGAAAUAUAAUUAAAAAUUGAGGAAACUCAUCGUUCAUAAUUAUCAACAGAAGAUUUUUAAGAAUCCUCCUAAAUAAAUAAAAUAUAAAAAAGAAGUAAGAUUCAAAAGAAAAAACUUAAGAAUCACACUUAUAAAUCAGAAACAAAAAACAUUCCAAAAAAUUUUGGAGUGUUGUUGAAAAAAUAUUUAUGUAUUCUAUUUAAACUCAAUUAUUAUAAUGAUAGGCACUAAAAAUAUAGAAAACCAAGCAAUUAAAUCAUUUUUAAAAAAUGGAGAGAAUAAAAAGAACUUUUCAAGAGAAGAUUUUACUAAACUCUUCAAUGAUGAAAAUGCAGCAGCAAUAUCAAGAGAAUACUUCUCAGGAUUCUAAAUAAUUCAUGAUCUUAUGAUAAGUGAAAAAAUAUAAGAUGUUAAAAAUCAUCUUAAAUAUAUCAGCAAAUUUUAUAAUUCUACUUAUGAUAAAGAGGAACUUAAUGAAUUAAAAUUAUAAUGA